AUGUUCUGGUCCCCUUACCUCGUCCGAACCGACCAGCUCCAAACCGAGCCCUUCAACUUGUACCUCGACGAGCCCGACCCUCACUGGCCGGAUGCAAUCGCACCCUUCGACUACGUCCUCCUCUCCGCCGAGCACUGGUUUUUCCGGCCAACUUACUUCCACCUCAGCCGCCACCUCGUCGGCUGCCUCUACUGCCCCGAACAAAACCCCACCACUCGCCUCCCGCCUACCUUCAGCUACCGUCUUGCCUUCCGAACGGCUUUCCGCGCCAUCAACUCCGUUUCCAGUUUCCGAGGGGUUGUGUUCCUCCGCACAUUCGCCCCGUCGCAUUUCGAGGGCGGCACGUGGAAUGGCGGUGGGGACUGCGUGCGGACUGAGCCGUUCGGGAGGAAUAACGGCACGGGUCUCGAGGAUCGGUUUAAGGAGAUGUAUGGGAUACAGCUGGAGGAGCUCGGGAUUGCGCGGAGGGCGGUGAAGGGGAAUGGGGAGAGGUUUAGGCUGUUUGAUGCGACCAGGCCCAUGAUGUUGAGGCCCGAUGGGCACCCGAGUAGGUAUGGGCACUGGCCUGGGGCGAAAUUGGUGUUGGUGAAUGACUGUGUGCAUUGGUGUCUGCCUGGGCCGAUUGAUGGGCUGAAUGAUUUGUUUCAAGAAUUGUUGGAGAGGGAGAUAAAGGAUGAUCGGUAG